AUAAAAACCAAAACAAACGAGAAUUGCUGUACUCUCUCUACAGGUUGAAAAUAAUCGUCCCACAUCAAACUGGCACUAGAAUUUUAUCAUGUGGCCUUUAAUUAUGCAAUUCCUGCGUUCCAAUGCGGCCUACAUCACACUCCCCGUGGCAGCUGUAGUUGGUGUGAUAGGAUAUAACAUCGAGGGCCUCCUUUCGGACAAGUACACCCCCUACAGUCCUUCCAUUCAAGAGAAACGAGCAGAGCGCAUCACCGAGGAUGAGAAACUAAAAGCGGCGACCGACGUAGAAAAGCUCGUUUACAGGGAGAAUGUACUCGGACGGAACCUUUCACCUUCGCUUGAGAAUGGAAAAUAGUCAUGUAUAUGGUUUAGUUUAUAUUGUUGGUAGCAUUUCCUAGUGAUAAACAAGCAAUAAUCGCUACAAUCUUGUUUUAAAGACGAUCAU